GUCAGACAGCCGUCGACCGCGUAGGGGGGUGGCGCCUUCCUUAUUUAUUCGUGAUAUAACCCAUCUAUAGUGCGCUACAGGGAGAGAUACGCACGGUGAAGUGUCCCUAUUUCUCGGUGUAUAUACGCUAAGUCUCUAGUGUCUCUGUAUAUAUUGUGGAGUGUGUUUAGCCACAGACAAUGUCCGGGGCUGUAGUAGGGCUGGACCGCGGCAGGUAGCCUCGUCCCGGGCGACUGUGACAGGAUUAACGGGCCCGUGGAGGAUUUACAGGGCCGUGGAGGAUUAACAGGACUAUGGGGGGAUUAACCACCACCAACUUCGCCGCAUUUCUCAUUUACCAAGUAAGGAGCGGUGUGUUGUGGCUCCCGGGUCCCCCCUCCACCACCACCACCACCCUGGUAACCCUCAAGCCUGGCCCAGGAGCUAAGGGCUUACUCCUGCACACUCCGCUCGAUAUGGAGCCAUCGCUGUUGAGCCUUGAAAAACUUGAUCGUUCCAGUCCAGAUUUAUGGCCAGAACAGAUUCCAGGAGUAUAUGACUUUGCCCCAAUGAUGUCACCACAGCUCAGCCCUGACCCACAGAAUUUGGACCUUGAGGAGCAAGACUACACCCUUCUCUACCAAUUCCGGCUACUCACAGCUCUGGAAAUAAUUGAAGAGGUGAAGAAACUUCAGAAUGUGGCAUACCAGCUGGGCUUGGAAGAGGCUAAGGAGAUGACCCGAGGAAAAUAUCUACACAUUCUCAAUAACAGGAAGGAUAAAUGAUUAAAGAACGUCAUGGAGAAGGGUGGUCAAGAUAGAAUGUUGUAGUCUCUCAUAAUGUGGCUUCCUUACUGCUCGACAGUUAUGGUUGAUACUAGAAGUGUUCACAGAGAUCAGUGAAGUAUGUACAGUACCUAUAAUUUUUAUAUAUAUAUUUUUUUUAAUCCUAGGUACAAAUAUGGUGGGAUUUUUUUGUCUAGUUUUGUGAUAUUUACUAAAAUGCAUGUUCCAAUAAUAUAAAAUACAUGAUUAUCAGCACAAACAAAUAUCAGUCUGUCGAUACAGAUUUGCUAUUUCAAUCAUUGGGAUCAGAUGCAGUCCACAAAAGUUGCCCAGGUAUAUUUAUUGCUAAGUGAAUGGGGGGGUGAAAGUUGAACAAAGAUAUUUGAGAGUUUCCCGGGGUAAUCAGACUUUUGUUGUGAACACACUGCUGAAACUGACAUUAGAUUGGAUGUUCAGAUAAAGAUAUACAUUUGCUUUUCUACAUAUAAUUGUACUCAGAGACCGGGCUGCCGGACAGUUGAUUCCCGGAAGCUACACAAGAUAGUCACUAGAUAGAGGAAAGGGCCCGAGAAUUUUUUUUGUUUUUCUUUAAAUGACAGUAGGUACAAAAUUUGCUUCUUUAUAACUUCAUUUUGCAGGAGAGUAAUUAUCCAGAGACAUACACUCCCACCCAGCAGGUUGGAAGUGUUUAUACGUACAGACUUAACCAAGACUCGAAGACCCUGCUUAACCCUUUAUAUUUGGUUUCCAUAGGUAGGCGAUGAGUCACAAUAACGUGGCUAAAGUAUGUUGACCAGACCACACACUAGAAGGUGAAGGGACGACGACGUUUCGGUCCGUCCUGGACAAUCGACUUGAGAAUGGUCCAGGAUGGACCGAAACGUCGUCGUCUCUUCACCUUCUAGUGUGUGGUCUGGUCAACAUUUGAUUUCCAUAGUUCCGUUUCCUGUCAGUUUGAAUGCAAAUUUGUUGUCUGAAGGAAAAAAAUAUACAUUUUUGGUGUGUGUAAAACCUAUCUUCCUGUUUAGAUAGUACUCUUUUGUAACUAUGUGGACCAUUGUUACAUAUAUUGACAUAAUUGACAAUUACUGUAGAUACCUGUAGAAGAAUUUGGUACUAUUCACUUUAUAGUCCCACUCCAAAAAAUGAAGCUAAAAACUGAAAUAUUCCUAUGCUUGGUAUAGCACAUAUGUACUAUAUUAGGCAUCAAAUAGCAUGGAUUAGGCCUAGGAAGGUUAGGUUUUCUUUGCAGCAUAAAUACAAUACCUUUUCCGGUUUGUCCAAAUUCAAUAGUACCGAUUUCUACUUUCCAAUUGCCCAUGGCAUCAAUAUAUGUACGAUGGUCCUCAUAGUUACUAUAAGUACUACCUGAACAGGGAGGAUGGGCUGUGUGUGUGUGUGUGUGUGUGGGGGGGGGGUAAGGGUUAUUACCCCUGCACCACUACUGCAUAAUGACGUUUUCAUGGCAGCAAACCAGAAGCUUUCCAGUUUAUGAUAAAUAUUGUGUUUGCAUGUACAAGCCCUUCUAAAUCUAGUAGUUAAAAUAUUUAUUAAAAUGGAUAGACUGGGGGAUGUUGAUUCUUGGAAUCAAAAGGUGGAAAAGUAAUGCAUUUUUGGACAUUUCAAAGUUAAAUUCUACAAUUAUUGCAUAUUAAAAUCCAUGUGUGUUUUUACACAUUGUGUUAGAAUGUUAAAAUACAGUGGAUUUUAGAUGAUGGAUAACUUGACAUUAGAUAAACAUUGUUCAUGUUU